AGUCAAACAAAUUCUUUAUUACUUUCUUCUUUCAGUUCUCCUUUUGCUUUUCAGCUGACCACUGAAGCAUUCAGGCAGGAGGUUCCUAACUUUUCCUGUCUGGUAACAUCUUAGUUCAGUGUCCUUCAAACUUAUGGUCCCAAUCCAUAAAUGAGUUGUGAAAUAAGUUUAGUGUGUAGCUAUCAACAUUGUUGUUUUCCUGUGGAAUAGAAAAGAAUGGAAAGUGUGUGUGUGUGUUACAUUUCUGGGUUGCAAAGUAAAAUAUACUUUGUACUUAGUGUCCUCAAGAGUAUGGGAAUCUUUUCUUGCAUGGUUAUUUUAACUUCACACUUCUUCCUUCCAUGUAGGCCUCAUUGACUUAGUUUCUACCUAGCCAUGUUGACAUCAAGAGUCUUGACAUAAUUUCCCUCCUAGGUUUUACUUUGGCUUCGCAAUUAUUCCAACUGCUACACUUCUCCUUCUGCUUAUAAAAAUUUUUUUAAAUUUGUUUUCUUGAAGAAUGUUGUCUAGAAAAACCAAGCUAUUACUGUCAGUGACUGAAUUAGUUAAAAGGACAAGCUUAAAUAUCUAUUGAACACAAAAUUCAUUACUUUAAUAUAAGAUGUUCCCAGUGCAGUGUCUUUCAUUCUUACUGACCACAGCUGUCUGUAUCUGAGGUCUCUUUCUUGUCAUUUUAAACCAUGUUUUUUAGAAUAUGGAACCCUUUACAAAUUUGCAUGUCAUCAUUGCACAGGGCCAGGCUAAUCUUCUCUUUAGUGUAUGUGCUGCCAAAGCAAGCACCCAAUUUGUUUUACUAAACCAGUAGCAGGUUCUUUUUUUCUAAAAUAGGUGUUUAUGGUGGAGAGAGGAGACAAAAUCAAGAUGAGGGAAUGAGUCAGAUGUAAUGCUCUCAACUCAUCAGAGAAUUCUGACUUGUUCCAGCCUUAUUCAAAAUAUCCUACCACUAAUUGCUAAGGCAGUAAGGACAUUUGAGGGCCUAUUGGGGCCAAGCAGAGAGUAUCAGGUGUUUUGUACUUGAACUUCAAUUCUCACAGGAGUCCUGUGCUGUAGAUACUGUCCUUAUCUUGAAGAAGAGAAAACUAAAACUUAGACGUGGUUAAGUAACUUGGCUAAGGUUCAUAUGAGGGACAAAGCUGGGGUUUCUUUAUGUUCCCAGAGCACCAUGGCUUUUCUCCUUCACUAGAAUUCUGUAGUAAUUCUGAUGUCAGGUAUCAUCUAACCCACAUCAGCAUAGUUACGAAUACCGUACAUCAGAGAUUCUUUUAGGUGACAUUCUGGAAUAUCAGUGGGAUCACUGCACUCCUUAAUUUACAUAUGAAACUUUGCAUAUGGUACAUUCAUUUUUGUGGAGAGAUUUCUCUGACCUAAGAAAGGUUACAAGUUGCUGUCACUUGGCAAAAUAAGCAGUGAUCAAUACUCCCACACCAAUUCAGGUCAAAAAAAUUUAUAGCAUUUGUGUGACUCUGCUUUUACUAAUUUUCCCAGGAAAUUGUUCUAUUUCUUGAUUGAACUUAAACAUAAUUAUGCUGAAAUGGGCAUGCUGUUCUUCACAGAAGCACAAGUUGCUCUUCUUAAUCAUUUCACUCUAGGAAAAAGUGAAAGGAAUACAGGGAAGGAGUGUGAGGAAAUGGAGGCAAAGAAUAUAUACAUGUGUCCUUACUUUGCUUAAAGCAAAGUGAUUUCCAUUGUUAAAAGUUAGCCAUAGAAUUUAACUUAUCAGAAUUGUCAAAAGUAUUUGAGUAGCUAUUCAUGGAACCAGAAUGUAAACGACUCCUUAGGGUUUUUAUGGAAAGGAUUUUACUUGGGAUAAGUAGAGUAACAUGUUUGUGCAUGUGAGAGUAAAAAUCAGCCCCUUAACACUCUCAUAUGGCCUUCACCUGACCAACCUCUGUCUGUCCAGAUUAGCACGCCCAUACAUAUUUUUUGCCUGGUGUGGGUGGUCUCUUGUUUGGGACUUGUUCAAUGAAACAUAGAUAGUAAUAGUAACUCCUGUGCCACCCUGCAUCGUUUCUGGCUGCUGCCUACCUCUUACCUGUUUUUAUUCCUUUUUCCCUUUUACCCCUUGGGGUGCUUCUAUCACACUGGCCGCCUUUGUGCUUGCCAUUUAGCCUGGAAGCUUCCUCUCCUGGAUUUCCACAUGACUGACUCCUCAUCAUGGAGCUCUAAGCAGCAAGGUUUCCUCCUGAGAGAGGCCUUUGCUGACAUCCAUCUAAAGUAGUUUUCCUCUUUCUCUCCCUCGGGUAUAUCACAUUGUCCUCGUCUGUUCACUUAUUAGCACUCGUCACUACCUGAGUGAUUAUCUGUUAUUUAGACCCUUGGGAGUAUCUGAGGGCAGGACCUUGUAUGUUUUGUCCACCAUUACCUAGAUCACUGCCUGGCACACAUUUAAUAAAUAUGUUAUAAACAUACAGUAUAUUCUUAUGAAUCAAGUUUUGUUCAAUAGUUUUGCAUAUUAAUUUGAUAAGUCCCUCUCAAUCAAUUCAUGUGGUCCUUCUCCCCACUUACACUUUACAUUCUCAUUUCCCCUCCCAGUGUGCUAAUAGUAACUUGAAUUCUUCAUCAAGCCAGUUUUGUUUCAGCCCACUAUUCUUUUCUCGAGUAUAACACGCAAUGAUUAGAGAAGAACUGGUGACAUCACUUCUGAAGAGUAGCACAGAUAACUCUAUAGCAGUAAUCUUUUCUGAGAUUCUGUUAAGGAUCGACUCAUGAAGUUAUCAAAACUUGUCUUGAAUAAAAUUAGAAUUCUCAUCCUUUUAAGAUUAUGGGAUAUUUAGGUUUUCUACUGUCUAUAAGUCAAUGAGGGAAAAGUCAAUUAUACGUUGCUGAAGAAUGGGUCUUGUUAACCAAGUUACAUAUUUGGAAUGUAUUCAGAAUGUCCAUCUUUAUUAUUAUGCAAAAUGCACAUAAGACUUCAUUCAAUAUGGUCUUAGGUUUCAAAGGUAAUUUAGAAACGUCAUAAACUGCCUCAUACAACUAUUACGAGCCUCUUUGCUGCAUUUUGAAUAAAGAUUAUUUGUGUUCUUUUAUUUGCAUUUGAAAAGUAAAUUAUCUUCAUACCCUUAUCCUCACUCUUGGAUGAACUAAUUGUUCAUGUCAGAAUGUUAGAUUUUUGCACAAAAGGAAAAAUGAAGGCUAUAAAUAAAGCAAUUUCUGAUCAGCCUUCUGCUAGACAGGAUUCUGUAUAUACCUCCCUGCCACUUGGUUCAAGUGCUUUCCACUGCAGGGUUGUGACUAGUCUUGUGCAGGGGGCAGUGAGCUGGUGGUUGAAAGGGCACCUAGGGGCCUCACCACUGAGGGUGUGAGAUUUGAGGCAGUCUCUGAGCCUGAGGGCCUUGCCUGACCCUUUGAAUCUAAGUGUUGUCUUUGUUCUCUUUUAAAGAGUGUAAGACUUCUUUCAUACUGUUUCCUGCAACCUACUUCUAACAAUUCAUAGAGAAUUGCUCUAUCUACCUUGAGGCUGGUGACAGACACAGGCACCAAAAUUUCCUUACACACAUCGGCAUUGAUGGAAUAGUGCUAUCAGCUGUGAACUUUCCCUCCUUGUUUGCAUUAUGAACCCCUGCACUUUUGUACAGGAUACACCUGACUAACCAAACCUGUUUAGUUCAGCUCCAGAAUCAUAUGACUCUCUUACUACUGCUUAGUGUCAGAGCUAACUAUUGGGAAUAAAUGAUUAAGAUGUAACAAAACAUUAGUUUUGAUCUGUGUCUUACCUUACCAGAAGAAAUUGUUUAAUGAGUAAUUACUUUACAGACACCACUGAAGAAAACCAAGGCCCUCAUUGGAGAGAUGGGAAUGACUUUCUCUAGUGCUUAUGUGCCAAGUGCUCUCUGCUGCCCCAGCAGAGCCAGUAUCCUGACAGGGAAGUACCCACACAAUCAUUAUGUUGUCAACAAUACUUUGGAGGGAAACUGCAGUAGCAUAUCUUGGCAGAAGAUCCAAGAGCCGAAUACUUUCCCUGCAAUUCUCAGAUCAAAGUGUGGCUAUCAAACCUUUUUUGCAGGGAAAUAUUUAAAUGAGUAUGGAGCCCCAGAUGCAGGUGGACUAGAACAUGUUCCUCUGGGCUGGAGUUACUGGUAUGCUUUGGAAAAGAAUUCUAAAUACUAUAAUUACACCCUCUCUAUCAAUGGGAAGGCACGGAAGCAUGGUGAAAACUAUAGCGUGGACUACCUGACAGAUGUUCUGGCUAAUGUCUCCUUGGACUUCCUUGGCUACAAGUCCAACUCUGAGCCAUUCUUCAUGAUGAUCUCCACUCCAGCGCCUCAUUCACCUUGGACAGCUGCACCUCAGUACCAGAAGGCUUUCCAGAAUGUCUUUGCACCAAGAAACAAGAACUUCAAUAUCCAUGGAAUGAACAAGCACUGGCUAAUUAGACAAGCCAAGACCCCAAUGACUAAUUCUUCAAUACAGUUUUUAGAUAAUGCAUUUAGAAAAAGGUGGCAAACUCUGCUCUCAGUUGAUGACCUUGUGGAGAAACUGGUCAAGAGAUUGGAGUUCACUGGGGAGCUGGACAACACAUACAUCUUUUAUACCUCAGACAAUGGCUAUCACACAGGACAGUUUUCUUUGCCAAUAGACAAAAGACAGCUGUAUGAGUUUGAUAUCAAAGUUCCACUGUUGGUUCGAGGACCUGGGAUCAAACCAAAUCAGACAAGCAAGAUGCUCGUUGCCAACAUUGACUUGGGUCCUACUAUUUUGGAUAUUGCUGGCUAUGAUGUGAAUAAGACACAGAUGGAUGGGAUGUCUUUCUUGCCCAUUUUGGUAAGUAUAAGCCCCUCCAUCAAUCCUGAGCCAAAACUCUGAAGUUCCAGGUAUGUAAAGACUUAACACUAAAUCUUAAAAGCUAUUAUAUGUUGGGGGAGAGAAUAGAAUUUUUCUCUGAUCUUGUGGUGGGAAGGAGUUUUCUAAAGGGAAAAAACUGAUUGGACCACAUGUAAACUUGAGCAUUCUCUAUCCUCCUCUUUUCCUCUGUCCUCCCAGAAAAGCUACAAAGUUAAGACUGGCAACAAAUUGAGGAAAUAUUUGCAGCAUGUGAGAAAGGAUAUUUAGUUCUAAUGACAAGUUCUUAGAAAGCACAUUAGAAAUGGACCCAAAAAGAGUGACUAAUCAACUCACAGAAUUAAAAAUGGUCAAAGUGGAAGGAAUUAUUUUAGUGCUGAUCAAAGAAUGCUUAACUGGAAGAGGCCUUUUUCACCUACAAACUAGCAAAGAUGACAAAAAGAUUAAUAACCAGUAUUUGCAGAAGUCCGAGGUAUUGGAAAUUACUCAUACAGUAUUCAUAGAGGUACAAGCAGCAUAACCUGUCAGGAGACUAGUUCAGCAAGACAAAUCACUUCAGAAUACACUCACCUAGCAGUUCAUCUGAGAAGUUAUUCUAGGGAAAUUAAUCCAUUUCAGAAGUCCUAGAGUACUUGGUGUGGCAUGCACUGCACAGAGCUGUGUGUAAAAAUGUACCUGCAGUAUUAAUAGAAGGAAACUGAAAAGAAAACCCACUAGGAAAUUGGUUAAACUGUCAACAGUUAAAGCAGAAAUAUUAAACCAACACUAAGCAAGUAGAUUUGAAUGCAUUAACUUGGAAAGAUGCCUGCCACAUGCCAUCGGGGAGAAAAGGAUGAUUCACAGCAGCAUCUCUCCCCUGUUACAAAUUGUGUGAGCACAGUCAAGUGUAGAGAAGUUUGGAAGUGUCCGUACUAAAAUGGUUUAGUCAUGAAUAAAGGUGACUUUGUCCAUUGGUCUGUCUGAGUGUUACAGUUAUUAUCAGGCAGGAUGUGAUUGAUACAGGAGAAUACAGGAAACUCACAUCAGUUACUUCAUACAAGAAAUGCCCAUGAACCCACCAGUAUUGUCAAGCUGCAGGUGACAGAACACUUGUCCUUGCAAGCACAAGCUGUCAAUCCUGAGCACUGCAGAAAAAACCCUUAAAGAAAUAAAGCCUCACUAUUAUCAAUACUAAGCCUACUCUGGUGGCUCAAGCCUAUAAACCUUGCUACUUAGGAGACAAAGAUCUGGAAGAUCUCAGCUUGAGGCCGGCUGGAGCAAAAAAAAAAAAAUGUUCACAAGACCCCAUCUCGGCAAUAGCGGGCCACAGUGGUACA